AUGUCACGUUUAUGGAUACAUCUGAGGACCUGCAGCGACAUCGUUGAUGAUUCCAGCAAUGGUGAGCUGUUCAAUCAAGUCCAAAACCAUGAAAUCACAUCCUGGAGCAGCACCAAUGGCAGCAGCGACAGGAAGAUACUUUUCGGUCAGUGUAAUGGUAGAAUUAUAAGGAAGUUCUGCAAGAGGAACAACGGCCUCAGGAGUACGGGCAAACGAAGAGAUGUAAAGCUCCGAAAAUCCAGAAAGACCAGUCUCGGAUGGAGCUUUAAGGUAUUUGUUUCUGUAGGUGGUUGCUCCACCGUUUGUCAAAUAGAUGUAGAGCGAAGAGGAGCAAGUGUCUGGGUCGGAAGCAGUGACGUUCUCGUUCCACCAGUCAUCGAACAAUUGCUUGUUGUCAAGAGCUUUGUUGUAUCCUUCUUCAGUCAAGUUGAAGUAACCCCAGUCCCAUCUGAACUUUGGAACAGGAUCCAAGAAAGGAGUGUCGUUAUUGAACUUUUGUUGGUAGUCAUGCGCAAAUGGUUCCCAAACGUGAACGUAUUGGUAGUAUCCAGCCAAUCCGGACCACGUGUGGUUGAAGACAUCCAGAAUAUCUUCACCAGUCUUGUCGAAUUCGUCAAACAAGUUCAACUUUUCGUGAGUACCGUUCAGGAACUCGGUCACCUCAUCGACGAAAUCGUAGAAAAUGUUAAGAGCAUCCUCGCUGACCUCAUUUUCGAUGUAGUUGGUGUUGUUACCCUCGAAAGUGUAAACAGUAGUUGGGAAGUCGAUGUAGUCGGUCGAGAUGUUUGCGUUCUCUGCGUACCAGGCCUCACCCACGAUUCUGAACAUCUCUGCGGUUCUGGUAAGGUAACCAGCAGUGUCCAUGACAUCGUUCAUUGGGAUAACGCCUUCCAAAGUGAUAGCAUCAAAAGUUGGUCUCAGUCCAAAGAUACCUUGAGCGGAGGCGGGACAACGGACAGAGCAUCCAGUGUCGGAUCCAAUAGUGACAUCCAACCAAUCAUAGGCAGCCUCAGCAGCGCCAGAUCCACAGGAAGAGGAAGAAGGACUUUGGUAACCAUCUCCACGAGGGUUAAAUGGGGCAUGGUAGUCGACGUAGUCAGCGGUAGCAGUUUCUCCGUUAGCAAAUUGGGUGAGUUUGAGUUUUCCGACAAUCACAGCACCCAGAUCGAUCAAACGUUGGAUAGAUGGACAAGUUGCGUUAGCGGGGUCAUAAACAUCGUAGUAGUGUCUGGAAGAUCCUCCAGUUUUGAUACCAGCAAUAUCGUAAAGGUCCUUCACACCAAUACGGAAUCCAGCUAG